AUGUACUGUGUACAAACGGGAUGCAGUGAACCGCAGGUGUUUGAACCCUGGAACUCAGGCUCGAGUGGGUACCAAACGGCCGAGAAUCAGGUAGGACACUCUAUUCACUGGAGGGAUCUCCGAGAUGCGAAGUUGGGCCUGCAAUUCUCUGGCUCGGACCGGAGGCUGGAUGGGCUCCGAGGCGUCCAUCGCAAAGAUGAGGUUCGAGAUCAUGAUGUUGCGGGGACGUCGAAGGGGAAGAGACAAGUCAGCAUCCUUGAUUCGAUGGGAGGGCGGAUGAAAAAGCAUGCUUCAAAAGAGCCACCGACGGGAGUUGGAAAAAGCAAAGAGACUGGUCUCGGCAGCACUAUCAAGUUACCACCGAAGUCAAACAGCGAACACCAGCAUCCCCAAAUUUUCUCCUCCCUCAAAAUCUACAUCAACGGCUCAACGUACCCGACAAUCUCCGACCACAAGCUAAAACAACUCCUGGUCCAGCAUGGAGCAAACCUGACCAUGGGACUCGCGAGACGAUCGGUCACUCAUGUAAUCCUUGGCCGCCCAUCACGAGAACGCGGAUGCGGUGGAGGGUUGGCGGCCACAAAGAUCGAACAUGAUAUGAAACGGUCACGAGGCGUCGGACUGGUGAAAUUCGUGACCGUUGAAUGGGUCAUCGAGAGCUUGAAGGCCGGAAAGAGGUUGCCGGAAGCGCGUUUUGCGGGCUUGAAAGAGGAGGUGAAGGCUCAGGGGGGGGUGUAUGGAAUCUUCGCCAAGAAACAGGCGGGCUAGAAAGCUCCCGUGAAGUAGGAUUCCAGAGGCUGAGGAGCGCAUUGGAAACCGGUUCAUGAUUAUAAUGUCUUUGGAAUCUAGUCUUACGAAACAAGGUAUACGGUUGGCUAACCUUAUGGGCAUUCGGAAGGCACGGAAAGUUGCACGAA